AUGAGCCUUACAGAACUUCACGAGGCAACUGGCAAUUUUAACACAAGCAAUAUCAUUGGAUUGGGAAAGUUCGGAAUGAUGUACAAGGGAGUGCUUCCAAAUGGUCGGCCCCAUGCGAUUAAGAGGUUACAUGAUUCACAAUCUUUUGAGAGACAAUUUGUGUCUGAGCUUUUGGCUCUAGGUAUAUUGAAACACAAUAACAUAGUUCCCCUAUUAGGAUACUGUAGAGAAAGAAAGGAAAAGCUUUUGGUGUACAGAUAUAUAUCGAAUGGUAACCUUUAUGAUUGGCUACAUGCAGCGAAACGUAGGACUAAGAUCUUGGAAUGGCCUUUGAGGAUUAAAAUUGCCAUUGGAAUAGCAAGAGGCCUAGCAUGGCUUCACCAUGAUUGCAAUUUCCGUGUGGUCCAUCUCAACUUGAGUUCAAACUCUAUCUUACUUGAUCAUAAUUUUGAGCCUAAAAUAUCGAAUUUUGGUGAGUCAAUAAUAUCGAAUUUUGGAGGGGAAAUGUUCAAGAACCUAAGAGGCAAUAGCAUUUUUAUAGGUAGUGAUGUUUGGGAGUUGGGGUAUGUAAAAAAGGAUGUCUAUGACUUUGGAAUUUUGCUUCUUGAGCUAAUUAUAGGGAAGGAAUCCAUUGAAAUUAAUAAUUUUGCCAACAAUUUCAAUGGGAGUUUGGUUGACUGGAUUGCUCAUCUUUUCACUAGCUCUUCUGAUCUCUACAAUGUGAUUGAUGAAUCUUUGAUUGGCCGAGGAUUUGAAGAUGAAAUCUUUGAGUUACUUAGAAUUGCAUAUACUUGUCUUAAUCUCUUUCCUAGUCAAAGGCCAACAAUGCUUGAACUAUACCAUACAAUUCAUAUUUUUGGGGAGAGAAAUCGCCUCACAAGUAACUUUGAGAUAUUGAGGCAGUCUAAAAUUGCCACUGCAAAUACCUCUGGUGAAAUCGUAGAGGCUAAAAUUACAUAG